AAAAAGAAGAAGAAGAAAAAGAACUAGCGGAAAAAACGCUUCUGGACUGUCGCCGCGUCGGAUAAUUCGUUCACAUUAACUCACCGCGAAAAAAGCUGACAGUUAGGGUCUGUCUCCAGUAUUACGAAACGGCAUUCGCUGUCAAUAAUGUCUAUGAGUCUAUUGUUUACAUGUUGAAGCCUCUCUUGUAACGCUGAUAAUGCUGAAUAUGAAGCUACCGAUGAAAACGGGCGAGGACGGAGGGAACCAAGCGGCGGGGGACGAGUCCCUGGACCCGCCGGAGUCCCGGCCAGCGCCCGGGGCGGCGUCCCCCUUAUCGGGGGACGAUGGGCGGCAGGAGUCAUCCAGAUCUCGUGUGUUUGCGUCACAGCUGGAGAAGGAGAGUGUGUUUGAGUGGUUCGGCCUGCAUCUAAACCCUGCUAAGCGGAUUGAGUUCAUGUGCGGGCUACUACAUAUGUGCCAACCCUUGGAGCUCCGUUUUUUUGGAUCUUAUUUAGAGGAUCUUGCUAGAAAGGACUAUUAUGUUUUACGGGAUUUUGAGUGUCGAGCGAACAACCCGAACGAGCUGGGGGUCUUAACGGACGUGGUUGACCCGGUGGUUCGGUCCAAACUCCUGGUCUGCCUGUCCCUCCUCGGCUCUGACAGCAGGGAAUGUGCUGGAAUACUCUCUCGGAUAUUGAGCAGCGUAGAUCUGGCUUUGUUCUACAGAAACUACGACUACCCCCUUCCUCCGUUCAGGGACCAGCACCCCGCUCUCUACCCUCCGUGUCAGGACGUGAACGUGUUCGGGCGGCCGGAGCAGGGCGAGCCGGCGGCGGGAGCCCUGGAGCAGCUGGCGCUGCUCUUCACUAUGGCCUCGCUGCACCCAGCUUUCCACUUCCACCAGCGGGAAGUUGUUCUGGAGCAACUUGACAAGAUAGAGCUGGUCUUGGAGGAAGACAGACGGCAGAGGCAACUUAGGAAAAACGCCCAGGUUAAGGAGCUGAAGGGACAGCAGGGGGCCUACCGGCCCUCCUCAGCAGCCGGUUUGGGAGAGUACGCGUCCACACACCCUCCUGUGCAGAGCCGGCGCUCCAGCCGCUGGGCCACGCAGAGAGAAGCAGUUCAUAUUGAGGGAAUUGUACUCAGGGGGAUUUCUUGGACUGGAGCAGACAAGGAAUACAACUUUGAGGUGAAGUGGUCAGACUCUUCAUCCAGCCACGUGACCAAAACCCACCACGAACUGGAGAACUUUCUUCUGAAGCUUCCCAAGGAUCAGUGCACGGAGUCUUUUGAGAGAAGCAUCCUUAAACUUCUGAACCAAGGGGACCAGCUUGAGAGCAAGGAGGUGGAGAAGAACCUGAGAGAACAGUUCCUGUCAGCUCCUCCGCUUUUCAGACAGACCAGAAAGGUGUGCAGCUUCUUCACCUGUGAUUCCAGUUACCCCUCCAAAGCUGCCUGCUGUAGAUGCAACUGCCAGCCAGGGAUGGCCUACCAACGGGACUGCUCCGAUGCCUCCAGUCAGGACGAAGAGUCCUAUGUUCAGGGACACAAGAAAAAGCACGGGUCCAAGAGUCCAUGUCAGCUUUUGCCUAAUGCCAAAGGCCUUCAGGGGGACCCACAGAGGAGGGGGGGCCAUGCUGCAGAGCCCAAUGGUCCUGCAGACAGACGGAAGAAAGGCUGCAUUCUGCGGAGCGGCCAGGAGGCUGACCAGCAGCUGGACUCAGAGAAAAGAAGUCACAAGGUUUCUAAGAUGAAGAGCAGAGUCCUGCCCACAGACAGGGACAAAGAGAGUGUGCAAAUGAAGGGAGUAGCUGUCAUUACAAAUGGAGGUCUGGUACCGACCCUGCCCCCCCACAGGAAGGGGGGGGGCUCUGGUCCUGACACCUGUGGGGAGACCUCCUCAGAGUGCUACAGCUCUCCAUCCAGCCCCCAGCACAGAGGCCCAGAGAGCCUGGACAGUGAGGAUGACCCGCACAAAGGAUGGGGUCAGACAGAAGGCAUCGAGGAGGAGCACAGCAUAAGGCAGGAGGGUCAAAUUCAGUUAGAGGUGUUCAAACUAGCAGCAGCAGAGUAG